AUGUUCAUCAUAAACAAGCGCUCCAAAACGCAACACUCCAGCUCCGGCUCGGGGGAUCAAGCCAAGCCGCGAGACAAGGAAAGGAGUUCCAACAAAGGUUCAUGCAAGGGCUCAACCAAGGGCUCAAAGGAAGGUUUACCCGGCAGUUCGUCCAGCGGAAGCGGUAAGAAGGGCAAGACGGGGCCAGAGGAGCCGCAAGAGUACGAGGUACUAUCAACCGUAAUAUUCAAGGGGAACGACAACAUGAACCGUCGCUGCGCACUGUUGAUCGAGCACCAAAACGGUACACACGACGUCUGGCGGCGAAACAUGAUUGUCCUACAUCGGUCUUCCAAGAAGUGGCAGAUUCGCGAGGAGACUGAGGAGAACGCGGCCAAUCUCGAGCGCGGCGCGAAGAAGCUGUUCAUCAAGCGCUUCAGGGUCGGCAAGGGGGCCGACGCCCGGAACGACACGAGGCUGCGCGACGCCAUCUGCAACGCGCCUGUCGACAACGACAAUGAGGAGUGGAACUACCUGAACUGGCUGGACGGUGCUCUGAUCCGACUGGUGAAGGAGAAGUUGUUGACCAAGGAAGAGAAGGAAAAGAUCGACAUACCCGCACUUCCGUCGUGCAUCUGCAUCCCGCACGUGCCCCCAGACCGUUCUCCCGCUUCGGCUGCAUCCAAGUAG